GAAGGAGGGGAAAAUAACAAAAAUAAUCUGAGCGGGGCAGCAGCCAUCUUUCCUGUGCUUUCAGGACGGAGAGGAGAAGAAAGACAUAAUAAUAACAAUAACAACAACAAUAAUCUGAGAGAGAAAAUAAACAAUCAUCUCAGAAGAGUAGCGGACCGUUUCUCCAGCCCGGAUCAUUUACAGCUCGUAGUUCCUCCUCUCCAGGCAGGAACCCUCUCCUCUGAGGAUCUUUCUGAACGGCUGUGGAGUUCAGCACCGGACAGUCGACCGGGCUGCAGAGGCUGCGGCUGCGUCUCUGCACCGGGUCUCACCACGGAUCAUAUAAACGCUAACAUGCUGUAAUCUGUUAACACUCCGGAUACACUGUCCCGUGCAUGAGACAGAGAGCAGGUCUGUCAGAGGACCAGUUCUCUCUCCUAUUCACCCCGACCCUAUGCUCUGGAUCUCUGCUGGAUCUGCUUGUUAACUGUGUGAGUCCAAGUGGACCGGUUCUCCCCCGGGGAUCAGGUCCUGGUUCUCUGCUGGAUCCUCAAUGACAGUACAUGAGUCUCCAGGUCGACCGGUCUGAUCUCUCUGCAGAAAAUCUGAGGUCGGCUGGUGUUUCCUGCUCUGUGUAGCCGGGCCUGAGCCCCGAUAAACGGGGUAUAUCUGCUCCAGCUCCCGGUGGGGGGUGGGGGGUGGGGUGGGGGGGUCAUCAGAAUGGGAUCCGCCACCAAACUGGCCUUCAGCGUCUUCCUGAUCUCCUGCUGCUCAGGUGCCAUCCUUGGACGCUCUGACUCUCAGAAGUGUGUCCAUUACAGCCCCUCCUCCUCCUCCUCCUCCUCCUCCUCCUCGGUGCUCACCUGUCCGGUUGAUAAGGAUAAGACUGAUAAAAGGCUGCACUGCUUCGCCACAUGGAGGAACGUCUCUGGAAAGGUGAGGGUGGUGCAGCAGGGCUGCUGGCUGGACGACCUCAACUGCUACAACAGGAGUGAGUGUGUGGAGAAGAAGGAUUCUCCGGAGGUCUUCUUCUGCUGCUGUGAGGGCAGUUUGUGUAACCACAGAUUCUCCUACAGCCCAGAGAGCAGACAGCAGCAGAUCCCCACGACCAACAAACCGGUGGUCCCGACCCCCCCAGUGUUUCCCACCCUGAUGUACUCACUGGUUCCGGUCAUGGCGGUCAGCGCCAUCCUGCUGCUGUUCUUCUGGAUGUACCGGCACCACAAACUGGCCUACCCUCCCGUACUGGUUCCUACUCAGCACGCCUUUCAUAUAAUGAUCGAGGACCCCGGGACCCUCCCCCCCUCCCCCGUCCUGGGUCAGAAGCCCCUGCAGUUGCUGCAGCUGAAAGCCAGGGGUCGUUUCGGCUGUGUGUGGAAAGCUCAACUGCUCUGUGAACACGUCGCUGUCAAAGUCUUCCCCAUGCAGGACAAACAGUCAUGGCAGAACGAGCUGCAGAUCUUUGGUCUGAACGGGAUGAAACAUGAGAACCUGCUGCGCUUCAUCGGAGCCGAGAGGAGAGACCUGGAGCUGUGGAUCAUCACAGAGUACCAUGAGAAGGGUUCUCUCUCAGACCACCUGAAGUCCAACUUGCUCUCCUGGUCUGAACUCUGCACCAUCUCCCAGACCCUCAGCAGGGGGCUGGCCCACCUGCAUCAGGACCGGGGGGGGAAACCUGCUGUAGCUCACAGGGACUUUAAGAGUAAGAACGUGCUGCUAAAGUCUGACCUGACGGCCUGCAUCGCAGACUUCGGCCUCGCACUGAAGUUCGAGGCGGGAACAUCACCUGGAGACACACAUGGACAGGUGGGCACCAGGCGCUACAUGGCCCCUGAAGUCCUGGAGGGGGCCAUUAACUUCCAGAGGGACUCCUUCCUGCGGAUAGACAUGUACGCCGUGGGGCUGGUGCUGUGGGAGCUGGUUUCCCGCUGCAAGGCUGCCGACGGUCCUCUGGACGAGUACAUGCUGCCGUUUGAGGAGGAGGUGGGCCAGCAUCCGUCUCUGGAGGACAUGCAGGACAUGGUUGUCCACAAGAAGCUGAGGCCGACGCUCCGAGAGAGCUGGCAGAAACACCCUGGCCUGUCAGCACUGUGUGAGACAAUGGAGGAGCUCUGGGAUCCGGACGCUGAGGCUCGUUUAUCGGCCGGCUGCGUUGAGGAACGUCUGCUUCAGAUACAGCGGCAGGCGGUUGGCACGGCGACACAGGAGGUUGGCACUGUGGUCACCAUGGUAACCAAUGUGGAUUUUCCGCCUAAAGAGUCGAGUCUAUGACGAUGCCGAAGACCAAUCGGGAUGCAGCAGCAGGGACUCAGUGAGCGGCUGCUGACAUCACAUCCUGUUUUCUACUACAAAAUAAAACACUUCCUGGACUUUUUCUACGAUAGUGGGACGUCUGAAUCUAAGAAGGGCGACUCGUUUCUCUGAAUGAUGUGAAGCCAACAACAAACAGCUCCUGAAUGUCCCCCCCGCUGCAGAUUACUUCAUAUAUCCACAUCUCUAUCGAUAUAUAGGUAUAUAUAGACCCUAACCCUAAAUGUAGAAAUAUCUAUAUCUCUAGACAUCAUCGGAUUUCCUCCUGAGAGCCAGGAUUUAAUCAUCAGGAUCUCUAGGAGACGUGAGCAGAAACUGGAAUCCAAUAAAUAUUGAGAAAUAAUGUAAAAUAUAAAACACAGAUUUCUAUUUAUUACGUAUUUAUUUGAAGUGUCAUCUUGACAUCAAUAGUUAGUGUUUUAUUAAAUAUCGUCUAUAUAUUCCUUUGAUGGGAUGAUCUUAAACCAUUGGACAUUUUAAAAGUUUCUUUCCAGUUUCCAUACUUCCUGUUUGCAGUUUGAGUCGCUGCUGGAGUGAUGCUCUUUGGUUCCACUAUUUAAAUUCAUGAUUAUCCAGUUAUUCCAGAACCACUGAGGGUAGAUCAGCUGGUUAAUGAGGAACAUUUCACCUGAUGUUAGAUAGACUGCUCACUUAUUAUCAUGGGGAAGAUAUUAAUCAUUUGUUGGGCUCAAUGCAAAAUACAAUCUCCUGAUUUCAAAAUAAAAAUCUGAAACAAAAUGACAAUCAGAGGUUCUUAUAAAAUGAUUAAAUAUGUUUCCCCUCGUUAGGAUGAUCUGGCCCCGUCAGGAUCGGCUCACCAGCCGUCAUCCUGUACUAACCCUUUUCUAGGUCUUCAGACAUAUUAAAAGCAUGCUCUUAUUUUUUUAAUGUGUUCUUUUCAUUUCCCUCUGUAACUUCCUGUCUGUGGUUCAUUGUGAUGAAAACUGUGGUUUAACUUAAUUAUUUAUUCAAAUGAAUUUAUUGUAACGAGCAUUAAAACAGCAACAUGUGAACAGAAGUCGUUAUUUCAAAUUGUAAAAAAUAAAUUACAUUUCAAUUUUCAAUGAUGAACUACAGACAGUGAGGCAUUCAGGGACCUUCAGGAAAUCCAAACACUUCCCCUCAGUGUGUUGUGAUUUUAUAAAGACUCGACAGGAAGUCCUCCCUCUGCGCUCUUCGGUGUUUCAGACAGUGGGUUUCUUCUCCUGUUGUAUUUGAACCUGAUCGUGCACUCUGUAAAUAUGAAGGUUGAUUUAGCAUGAGUCUGCUUUUCAAAACACAGACGUCCUUUUUAUUGUUGAAAUAUUUUAUUCACAAUCAGUGUUACCUGCUGCCCAGUGUGACUAAGUAGUUUCUUAUUUAUUCAUCUUGAUCUAACCUCCGCCCAUCUCUAAUAAUAUAUCUAAUACUAACACUCUUAUAAAGUGACAGAAUAGAAAGGGUUUUAUUAUAAUUCAUCAUUUCCUUUACAUUGUGUGGAAAUAAAAGCCUGUUUAUAUUUCUCAGUUAUUAUUGGAUAUAAUAAUAAAACAUAUAAUGAUUAUAUCAAGCUGUUGGACAGCCUCCACUCAAUAUAUCUAAUAAUGAAUGUGUUAUUGGUUUUUAUAUUUGAUAACCCUAACCCCUAAAUAUUUCCAACUCUGUCAUGGUGCGUUCACCUCUGGGCAGACUGAGUCUUUGAGGGCUUGUGUGUUGAAUAUUGUACAGAUGAAUGUGUUUGCUGAAAUAAAGAAAUGAAGUCUCUGCUCUUAA